AUGGAUCUUCCGCCAUCGAUAUCGCCGAAGCGCAAACAGGUGCCCAUGGCCAACAUCUUCAACACCAAGACGCCUGCCCAUCCUUCAUCCUCUACCGCGAUACCCUCUUCCUCACCCGCGUUCGGCACUCCAGUGCACCCUCUGAAGCCCUUCAAGGUAUCGGCACCAACAAAACACGCGAUACUUCCCAUCAUCCUACCGCCAGCGACCCUCAGACCUCUAGCCUUCCGUACAUUUACAAAGAAGCACAGCUUGACCCUGACGUCGACCGCCCUACAAGAACUCGCCACAUUCAUAGGUCGUCACUGCGGCUCAGCAUGGCGGGAAGAGGGUCUGGCGGAAAAGGUUCUGGAGGAGGUGGCGAAGUCGUGGAAGAACCGAAAUGGCGGCGUCAUUGUCGACGGCACGAGCACCGAGCUCAAAGAUAUCCUGAAGACACUGGAGGGGAACAUGAGUGGAGGCAAAAUUGUCACCGGCGCAAAAGGCCUGAGCCGGCAGAAUAGUCUUCUGCUCGAGCCGGGUCAGGAUACAGAGUUCUCGAGCACGAGACUUGGCAUUCGACCUGCGCAGUCUGCUCUAGCGCGAGAAGACAGUCAACAGAGCCUAGGCAUGUCGAAUCUCGGUGUUGAGGAAGACGAUGAUGACGAGAACGUCAGAGAUGCGAGGAAAUGGCUGAAGGUCAUUGAUGCCUACGAGCAACCUCGGUUCUCCUAUAACGUGGCCAAGAAGCAUUUCGAAAGGGAAACUGCAAAACCGUCACUAUUACCCCCAGCAUUGCACAAGACCACUCUCUUCCGAAACAGAUACAAUGUCAUACACCAAAGACUACUCAGAAAUGAAUCAUUCCAGACGUCAGCCGUUGCGAGCGCAAGAGCUCCCUCACUCAAACGAUCGUUGUCGAACCAACAGAACCACAAAAUCACCCCUAUCGCGAAUAUGCUGGGUCGUCAUGGCAGUCAUCACAUGCUUCUUGGCAUGCUGAACAUACUGCCUGCUGGCGGUCUUGCUAUCAGUGAUCUGACUGCUACCAUCGCCCUAGAUCUGUCGCAAGCGGUUGCCAUCCCCGAGGACUCGGCAUGGUUUACCCCCGGCAUGAUUGUUCUGGUAGACGGUGUCUACGAAGAGGAAGAGGAAUCCGUCGGCAAGGGCCUGAGCGGAGCCAGCGGUGUUGGUGGAACAUUGGGAGGCAGAUUCCAAGGCUUCUUCAUCGGCCAGCCCCCGUGUGAAAAGAGAAAGGCGACGUUGGGCGUUAGUGGACCAGACGGCGGUCAAAGCCACACCAUAGGAGGUGGAUUCGGCUGGAUCGAUUUUCUGGGAGUUGGCAGCGAGCGCGCAGUGGGAUCACGCAUGAGGAAACUCGAGCAGCGUCUGCUUCCAAGGCAUUCUGCCGAUGAAGUCCCUAGCCGGGGGCGGAUGGUCAUCCUCGGCGAAAUGAAUCUUGAUCAACCACGUACCCUGCAAGCGAUGCGCAAGAUACUGGCUCUCUACGCUGCCGAGCCAGAAGGCUCGAGCCCGAUGACAUUUGUCGUUACGGGUAACUUCACGCAACAUGCCGUCCUCGCCAGGGGUGGCAGUGGCGGCAGUAUAGAAUACAAGGAAUACUUCGACGCCUUGGCUUCGGCACUGUCUGACUUCCCAACCCUCCUCCAGUCUUCAACUUUCGUCUUCGUCCCCGGAGACAACGACGGCUGGGUUUCCUCCUUCACCGCGGGCGCCGCGACGCCGUUGCCGAGGAAAGCCGCCCCAGAUGUUUUCACGUCUCGCAUCCGGCGCGUAUUCGCCGCAGCAAACGCCGAGCUCGGUACAAAGGGCGACGGAGAGGCAAUCUGGACUUCCAACCCAAGUCGUCUGACCCUCUUUGGUCCCAACCACGAAGUCGUCGUUUUCCGUGACGAUAUUUCUGCUCGCUUCCGCCGCACGGCCGUUCGUCUCAAGACCUCAAAACAAGACCGAGAGGCGGGAGAAGAAGGGGACGAGGAAACCCCGGGAAACGGAGACGUGGCGAUGGGGGGCAGCGACCCCGCAGAGGACGCGGACGGCGCCAUGGACGUCGACAUCCCGAGCGAGAAGCCGGCCGUGAAGGAGGUCAAGUCGGGCGUCCCGCAAGACAUCCACACGGCACGGAAGCUCGUCAAGACCAUACUGGACCAGGGCUACCUCGCGCCUUUCCGCCAGGUCAUCCGCCCGGUGCACUGGGACUACGCCACGGCCCUGCACCUGUACCCCCUGCCGACGUCCAUGAUCCUCGUCGACACCACGGCGCCGCCCUUCUGCGUCACGUACGAGGGCUGUCACGUCAUGAACCCCGGCAGCAUCCUCGUUCCCGGCCGGACGCGCGUGGGCCGGUGGGUAGAGUACGAGAUCGGCAAGGUCGGGAAGCUGAGGGAGACCACUUUCUGA